ACAAAAACUGCGAAAUCAAGGAGAAGGACAGCGCCCAGAAUAACUGUGAACCUCUGCUAAUUGUAAGGAGCACCGCGGCGGAGAUGGGACCCCGGCCUCACUCUCCGGGCUGUCGGACUAUAAAACAAAGGACAUGUCCUUCGGUUUGUUAAAGCCGCAGCGCUACAUUCAGCUCUCCAAGCAUGCUACAGUAGUGACAGUAUCUCUCCACUCAACAGCACUGUUUGAUCCAAGAGAAACGUGCCUUGUAAGGAAGCAGGAUGUUCACAGGCUCCACCAAACUGCCACCCGCAAAAACCCCCCAGCCUGAGCGGCUGGAUGAAGUGUACGCUGCCUUACGCAGAGGUUUACAGUCGUACCUGCAGGUCCACCAGCUGGAGCUGGACAGUCUCGGUGGGCAGAUCAGAGAAAACAAGAGGAACGGUCGUUUGGGCUCUUUGUAUGAGCAGGAUAAGCAAGUGAAAGCCAUUGAGAGGUUCAUGCGUCGCUUGGAGUUCCACUUGAGCAAGGUUGAUGAGCUGUAUGAUGCAUACUGUAUACAGCGGCGGCUGCGUGAUGGGGCAAGUAAGAUGGUGGCAGCUUUUAACUCCGCCACCGGCAGCAGGGAGGCCAGAGAGAGCCUGAGUGAAGCCAACAAGGGCUACAGGGAAUGUACAGAGCACAUGUGCUCACUUGAGAGUGAAUUGGAAAGUCAGAUGGGCGAAUUUCACAUCAAGAUGAAGGGCCUUGCUGGCUUUGCACGGCUGUGCGCUGGCGACCAGUAUGAGGUCUUAAUGCGCUAUGGGCGGCAGCGCUGGAGGCUACGAGGCCGCGUGGAAGUUAGCAACAAGCAGAUGUGGGACAGCGAAGAGUACAUUUUCCUGCCUCUCAUCACAGAACUGCUGUCAAUCAAGGUGACGGAGCUGAAGAGCCUGGCCAAUCACGUAGUGGUGGGAAGCGUCUCCUGCGAAAUGCUCGAUCUGUUCUGCCCACUUCCCCAGACGCUGGCCGUGGAUAUCAACGACCUCGGGACAGUGAAGCUGAACUUGGAAGUCACCUGGAGUCCAUUUGAUAAGGAUGACCAGACAUCGUCCACAAGUACAGUUUCCAAACGUCUCCUGUCCAAUCAGAGCCCUCCUGACACGCCCUCAAUGCGGGAGCAGGUGUUCUAUUCUCUGCUGAAGCGUCAGGGAGAGAUGGAGAACGGGACCGUCUGGUCCAACUCCUCUGAAUCCUCCGAUGACUCCUCCAGUCCGGCCCUGGCUCACCACACUCAGAGGCUGUCGGCCUCCAACAUGCUGCAACCCAGUCUUGCCACUCAACUGUCGUUCACGCCGCACAAAUCCAGCGCGUCAACCCCGUCGCUCUCAUCCAACCAAGAAGAGGACGAGACGGAAGCCAACGAGACUUUCUCUCAGAUCGACUCUGUGCCCAACGGCCAUCUGCAGACUUCCUGCUCUCACAGCCACACUGGUGAAAGCAGCUCAGACUGUAAUGUGACGGACCGAGCGUCUGUCCAAUCGGUUGACCUUUCUGAAACCUCAGUGGACCUGAGCUGCUCGUGCCCUGACGUUUCCUCUGUAGCUCCUGUGUUGCUGGUGGAGAGAACAGAUGCCCCUGAAUGUGGCAGCCAACAAGUGUGUAUUUCAGCAGAGGAGGUAAAGGAUGAUCCAUCUGAGGACUCGACAGAACAGACUGAAGUAGAAACAGAGGACAAAACCACUGUGGAACCACAUGAAGCCGUCCAAGAGUUAAAACAAUCAGAGGAGCCGCCGACAGCACCCUUCCCUACUUCUUGUAGUUUCACUCAGGAAGUCGAGACGGCGCUCGGUAGUUUCGACUUUCUCAACUGCUCUGACCUUGAGGAAGAUGAGGAGGAACAGGAAGAAGAGCAACAAGAGGAAGACGAAGGAGAAAAGGAUGAAGAGGGCGGGCAGCAAGAAGAGGACCAAAGCAAAGUGGAGGAAGAGAAAGUAGACGAGGAAGAAAAGGAUGUAGACAACUUCUACUGUGGAGAAAGUGACGAGGAGAAAGCGGAGGGUCUAGAAAUCCUCAUGGAAGCCCCAGAAGGAUUUAGGAACUCAGAUGAGGAUCGUUUCUCUGAAUCACAGGAAUCGAGUGUAGAGGACGUGCAGGAUUUGGGUCAGAUGGAAAUGCCUGAGGAGGAGGAGGCAGAGGAGGAGGAGCACGUCAAGGAAAAGGGAGAUGAACAACACGAAGAUGACACGUCACAUGAUCAGGAGGAGCGUCCCUCCACUCCCACCCACUUGGCCACUACUGUCUUCUGAUGACACAGUGGAACCAUAGCUAAACCAUUUCCUCCCUCUCUGAUCCGCUCAUGCCGUUUACCACUUACUGCGGGAUUGGACGCCUUGAGGAUGUUCCACUUACUGCUCAGACAAACAAGCUCUUCCAUUACUGCCGAGUUUGUGCACAUAAUUUGCCUUGUUCUGACCAAGAACGAUAAAUCUCGGGGUUUAUGCACCUCAGUUAUGACUGAAAAUCCCCCUUCCCCACACACAAACACACACACACACACACACACACACACACACACACACACCUCCCUCCAAAGUCCACAAUCUUUCAACAUACACUCCAUCAUGUUGCCUGAGUUAAAGUGGGAUACCACUUCGUUUACACAUUCACUAACUGUUCCUGUCAUGUGAAAGUCCAGUGUCCUAAAUGUCGACAUUUCAGGAACAGCUAAAGGCGGCCUUGUUUUUGGCUUUAUAACAGUGCAUUUUCUUCAGUAAUCUAACAGGUUUUUUUAAUGGUUUCAUAAGUUCAAGAGGAAUACAAUCAUUCAUCAAGGUGAAAGCAAGAAAACAGCCAAAAGACGAGGUUUUCAAAACUAUCAGUAUUUGUAGACUUUUGAAGUCAUGAUUCGCAGUGUUAAGUUGAUGUUCAGCCUGGAGCUCUUUCACUGUUUGUGGGAGAGGAAAGACUUUCAUGAGCAUGUGAUGUUUGUCUGAAGAUUUCAUUGAUGUGAGCUACAGUGUAGUGUAAAGCAGGAAUGCACCCUGAAAACCAAGAGGUUGUUGUCAAAAAUUCACACAGAGUGCAGAAGUUACAUUUAAAACAACACCAGGACCCCUGCAGACCACAAUUUAUAUUAGAGAUGGAUAACAACACUUGAAGUCUAGAAGUUUCUUUUAAACAAGUCUCUCUUCACAACUUUUUCUUUUUACAAACAUACAAACAAUUUGCAGUGUAAAACUAUAUUUAAACCUGCAUGUGUAGCUGCCUCACACUGCCAGCAUGUUUGUAUAAAAAGUCUGUAAGCUAGGCUCCGGUCCAAAGAAGCCAUCGGGUCUGUAGCUGUGUACAGAAGUCGCCUCAGAGGGGCGCUGUAGUCUUUCAGCAUCAUGCUUUACAUUGAUCUACAAAAGCCUCUUCAUUCAGAAAGUGCCUCAAGUGACAGAGAUGUAAGGACAGAAGAGAUCAGGCAAAGAUAAGUGUUUAUUUUCUGAAUUACUUUAAGAGUGUGCACAAUAAGAGAUAUUUACUGUUUCAUAUAAAGAAUUGUAUAUGUCUUGAAAUGUUAAAAUGUUUA